ACUUCCAGCAGCUCGCAGUGGAAACAACCGGUUUGCUCCAGGAUGGACGUCAACAGAGGAUUUGGCUUGAGGGACACUGUGCUGGCGCUCUUACUCGCUGUCCUCCAGGGAUUUCCUCUCGGGGAAACGGCCCCGAACCCGUCGCCGCUGGUUGGAUCCAACUGGGGGAACCCGAGGAGAUAUGUUCACCUGCAGACAUCCACAGACCUCAACAACUUCUACUUGGAGAUCAGAUUAGAUGGCACUGUGCGCAAAACUACAGUCAGGAGUUCAUAUAGUGUGAUUUUACUGAAAGCUGAAACAAGGGAGCGCAUUGCCAUCCUCGGCGUUAAAAGUAGCCGUUACCUGUGUAUGGAUUUGGAGGGGAACCCAUUCAGCUCUCCCACCUGCCUCAGGGACGACUGUCUGUUCAACCACAGACUUCUGGAGAACAACCGGGACGUGUACUACUCGUGCCGGACCGGCAUCCUGUUCAACCUGGAAGGCUCCCGGCAGGUGUUCUCAGCGGGCCAGAACCUGCCGCAGACCUCCCUCUUCCUGCCCAAGAAGAACACGGUGCCGCUGGAACGCCUCCUGCUGCACAGGGAGAAGAGGAACCAGCUGGUGGAUCCAUCCGACCCGCACAGCGUCUACUUGGGUCAGACCGAGGAGGGCUCCGACUCUCGGGCCGUGCCGGAAGACGACGCCGACCUGGAGGUGGAGGUGGAGGUUGGGGACGAUGGGCGCAACGUGUCCCGGGAGACGCCGCUGGCUCCGUCCACCCACGACCCCUGGAACGUGCACUCGUCCAACCCGGCCAGCCCCCGGAGCACCGGGACCAUGGGGUGAUUUUAGUGGUGACUGAUAUAUAUAUAUAUAUAUACUUAGUCUGCGUGAGUCUAAGUUUAACUUUGUAGUUUAUGAUCAUAUGAGAGAAAAAACGGCAUUAACAUUUCAUUUUUAAAGACUCAAAGGCCAGCAUUCAGGUUGACUAAAACACGUCUUUUGAAUCAUCACUCGUUCAGUGUACUUACACACUAAAAUGUUACACUUGACUUGCAGCCCCUUUUGCACAAUUUACAGUGUUAAAACUCAUUUUUUAAAAAAUAUAUAAAUUUAUAUAUAAAUCUCCUGCUUUGAGAUCACUGCAGAUUUAAGUUAAAUUGUGUGUUCUGCCUGGAUUCAUCUUAUAUAGUGAAUAUAUUUUGGUGAUAAAUUGGGAAAAUGUGGAUACAGGGAUUUCAGUACAGCCAAAUAUGUCUUUAUGUGCCAAGAUGAGUGAUCCAAAUCAAUUUCCCACCCCCAUCCAUUAUAAUUAGUUUUAUUUAUUGGCAUUCUCAGGCACUGAGCUAAAGCUUAGAUGAGAAAUGGCGGUAGAAGUUGAUUUAAUUAUUCAUGAAACACUGUUUGGCUUCCCUGAAGAACUUGUUAGGAUGCAAUUGCCUGCCAAUGUCUGUGUAAAGCAGGAAUAUCAUAAAAGCAAACAAAGCCUUAGAAAGUAAUAAUCAGUCAGCAUGUGGUUUUUUUUUUGUUUGUUUCUUCUUAUUGAGGUUUUUACAGCUGGUCUGAGAAACCCACAUUUCAAAGUGAUGUUAUCUCAAGACAGAAGCCUAACUUAGCCUACCUCUGGAGGACUGAAGGCCCUGUCUACUGAUGUGAAACUAGGCAGGCAUGAUUUUUAAACCAAAAUAUAUACACGAAUAUACUUAAAAGUUGCAUUUAGUAGAAUUAAGGUUAAGUUUUUUGAGUCCUAUGUUUACUGAGUUGCAUAUAGAACAUUUGAAGUUUGUUUAUUCAUAGAUUUUUAACCUAAAACGUAAAUUUUCCAAAGACUUUUCCAAACUGCAUUUCACUACAAUGACACUGCACUACAAUCGCAGUAUUUGCUGUGUUAAUCUAUCUGUAUUUGUACAAUCUAAUUCAUGACUUGAAUGAAUAUAACUACAGGGUAAACAACCUUUACAGAGCAGUAAUCUUGAUAUCAAAUCUGAACUCUUACUAUGUGAACUUACAGGUGCUGGGCACCACCAGCAAAACACGAAAACCAGUCCCGAAGAGUAUUUAUUUAUUUAAUUCCACUCCUUUGUUGUUAUUUAUGGUAUUUAUAAGGAUGCUUUACAGUUAAAUGUACAUAUAAGAAAAGUUUGUCUUUGAAUGUAUGAGUUGGAGUUGUUGAUGGUGUUGCUUGAAUCUGGGACAAAAUAAACUAACAAAGAAAACA